CUGUACGUCACGGUGACGUAGAAUCUGCUGAUUGGCUGUAGUGCAGGGCGGAAGUGCGUGUACGCCCCACCAGAGGGCUGACAACAAAACAACACGAGCAGAGACAGUCAUUUCCAGCACUAUGAUGGAUGAGCUGGUGCAGGACCUGGUGUCAGCUCUGGAACAGGCCUCAGAGCCGAAUAAGCUGGGGGAGCUGUGGGAGGAAAUGGUCCUGAGUCCACUGCAGCAUCGGCGACAGAUCCGACGCCGCAGGGGACGCAAGAAAUUUCACGAAUCCUCCCUUUAUCCAUUGUUUGCCAGAAGAUGCUGGAUUGACGCCUCGGAAUCCAGUUUAGAUGAAGCUAAAGACUUCAGGGAGAACUCGUCCUUCACUUUUCCUGCAUCGGUGGCCAACUGCAGUGACUCUGACGACAUGUCUGCUACCAACCACUGGUCAUCACUUGUGGGGGGCUCAGUUAGGACGAGGCAGCCCUCUUGGCCAGAGUCUGACUCCUUCACCGAGAAUAAUCCAGGACGGCCACUCAGGAGGCGGAGGAAGGUGAAGCGUAUGACUUCCGGGGUGACCUACAGGCUGCAGCAGAAGCUAACAGUGUCAGAGGUGGAUCGCAAACAGAGGCACAGACCGCCUAAGGUACACCGUCUCUCGGGAUCCAAGCGAAGAUCUGGUGGCUGGAUGAAGAACGAGAGACAGAGUGAAGGAGGCAGACUGCUGGGGAAGAAGUGCUGGAAAAGGAAGAUGACGAAGGAGCACAGAGACGCUGCUGAUGAGAACAUGUCUGAAGGGGAAACCAGCAGUACCUGCAGCAGUGACCCAGGCCUGUUCACCAAUGAUGAAGGAAGACAAGGUGAUGAUGAGCAGAGCGACUGGUUCUUCGAAGGGGACUGUGGAGUUGGGACGGGGGUUGCUGGCUUGUUGCCCAACUGGGACUCUGACAACCAGCUCUCCCUGGAGGAAAGACAUGCUUCUCCAAAAUUCCUGCAGGCUUCAAGGCUCUCUGACAGAGGGUAUCAUUCUCGUGUCAAACCUAGUUCAUCGGCUUGCUGUAUCAGGAGGGACCGGAGGCGGCAUCCCAGGAAGGAUAACAACAUGCCAGUAUUUGUAGAAAGACUGAGACACUUCUCCCAAGAUCCUUUGCAGCGAGACUUUUGGCUGCCUUCCGUUGGAAAACGAGGACGAAGCCAGUUGAAGCCUUUCUGCCCCAUACCAGUGUGUCCUGUAGACGUGAUGUCAGAGGGCCCUCAUCUCAGAUGUUCUUCUGUCUUCAGAAACAGGUCAACUGGUGUUGCUCCAGGAUUUCUGCACACGAUAGACACCCAGAGGAGGAGGGAGACAGAUGCUGGGUGCAUCUCAUCAGCGUGCAACUUAUUUCAGACGGAUCGUGCAAGAGAAGAGGCAAAAGGAGGAGCAAGUAACACAUCGACCUUAGAAGCUGGGAGGCUAGACACAUCUCAGGUCUUCACUUCCCCUCAAAUGGACAGCUCGUCUUUACACCUGGAGGACACCUGUAUGAGGCCUGACAUGUAAAUUCUGCAGAAAAGAAGAAAAAAAAUCUUCUAUGCCAGAGAAUGUAAAAAAGAAAAAAACUUAUUACUGCACAAACUUUGAAAGAAAAGAAAAAAUACAAAGCACAUCAUUAGUCUUCAAAUCAGCAUGUUUCUCCUAGAUCAAGCCUGCCCAGGUAGUAUAUUAAGCAUGACAAAUGUUAAUGCAAUCAAGCCUUGUUAAGCACUUUGUCGUCUCGAGGAAGAAGGCAGCUUCAAGAGGCUCUUGCUUUGACUUCUCUGCUCCUCCUGUUUCUACAGGCUCCAGGCCACCUGCCACUACACAAUUCAACAAUUAUGUCCACUCUAGUAGCACAGCACUUGUCAGCAGGAACCUCGGGUAAGCGGUCAGCAGAGGUUCAGUGUCGUCGGGGAGUCUGCUCUAGUUUACAACAAUGGCUGUACGGCGGCUAUCUCUGCGUCGCACGAACAUCACGAUGUUUAGAUACCACAUGCUGCUGUAGGGCUCAGAGAGCCGACCACCGGUGGUGAGCCAUACAAAAUACAGACUUUCUAUUAGCAUAGAUAAAAAAAGCAAAAAAAAA